UCCCCGCCGAAGGUGGGCGCUGUUUCGUGUGGAACAGAAGUCAUGCAAUUGAAAUCUCAGAAGAGGAAGACGUGCUGCGGUGUUUACCUUUUCCCUCGUUUUUAAUUACAUAUGUCAGUUAAAACCAAAAGGCGAUAAUUCAGACUAUUUUCUCUGCUUUGUUUUCUCAGCUUCGUGCGCUGACGUUGUCACAGCAAACACGUACUAAAUCUUUCAGACUGUUUAUCUCUGUGCCAUUGCUCUGCUGCGAGCUCGUGGUAUGUUAGCUGAGAAGGGGCGCGCGAAAACCUGGGAACCCAACAGCCCGAGUAACGUUACUCGAGCCAAAGGGUUUCAGAGCGUUUCUUUUCCGCAUUCAGAUAUGGAAGAACAGAAGGAGAAUAUCCAAGAUCAGGACGAAAAUAAGAGUCCGGGUGAUUCUGGGGCCCGUGACACCCCCCAUUUGAAACCCGCUUGCCCUCCCGGUAGCAGCAUCGUGGAUUCGGAGCCAGCUGUGCCGCCUUCGCACAGGGAGUUCAGCGACCCUGUGUACAAAGAGAUUGCUCUGGCCAACGGACACAUCAACCGCAUGAAUCGGGAUGAGCUGCGCGCCAAGCUGUCCGAACUGAAGUUGGACACGAGGGGUGUGAAAGAUGUACUGAAGAAACGCUUGAAAAGCUACUACAAGAAGCAGAAACUGACACUCUCUGCAGCUGAGGCGGCGAAGACGGGCAUGUUCUAUGACUUAAUCUGUGUGGUCGACUUUGAGGCCACUUGCGAAGAGAACAACCCUCAGGACUUUGAGCACGAAAUCAUCGAGUUCCCCAUCGUCCUCAUCGACACACACACACUGGAGAUUGUUGACAGCUUUCAGGAGUAUGUGAAGCCAGAGAUCAACCCCAAGCUUUCAGAUUUCUGCGUCCAGUUGACCGGAAUCACACAGAAAAUGGUGGAUGAAGCAGACACCUUCCCCGCCGUGCUCCGACGAGUGGUCAGCUGGCUGCAGGAGAAAGAGCUGGGCACAAAAUACAGAUAUACACUACUGACAGAUGGGUCUUGGGACAUGAGCAAGUUCCUCAAUAUUCAGUGUAGAAUUAGUGGAAUCAGAUAUCCACCCUUUGCCAGGAAAUGGAUCAAUAUCAGAAAAUCCUACGGGAACUUUUACAAGGUUCCACGCACAAAUACGAAGCUGAGCAGCAUGUUGGAGAAGCUAGGGUUGAAGUACGAGGGACGGCCACACUGUGGUCUGGACGACGCGCGCAAUAUCUCCCGCAUCGCCCUGCGCAUGCUGCAAGACGGCUGCCAGCUGCGCGACAAUGAGCACUUGCACGAAGGCCAACUCCAGAGCGUGCCCAGUUCAGAUCCGCCUGAGGGAGCUCCACCCCCACACAACCCCAAAGGCAGACACUAGACCCACAAGCAUGUCCUGAUUGGUGGGGUCACUGAGAAAUCACUGUCUUCAGUGUCCUGUUACGGAUAUAAUAGAAAAUGGAAUCCAUUAUCUUUUCAGUACAUUGAUUGUGACGGCACAAAAAUGGAAUCCCACAACUAAGGAAAUAAAGUAGGGAAUCCAUUAUGUCUCAGAUUGUGACUUCACAAAAAUGGAGUUUAUUACCCCUCUAGUGUAUGAUUAUGUCAAGAGGGUCCAGGAUUAUUCACCUGAGCCCCAAAGCAUGGACUCAAUUUAGGGACAGCUGCUCUCUGCUCUUCCCCUAUAGCACAUAUGUCAAUAUCUCUGUCCGGUUAGAGCUUUCACCUCCAUCCUUCCUCCAUCUUUUUUAUGCAGUGCCUUGAAAAAUGUCCAUGAUGUCAGUGUUUCCAGGCAUUCCAAGGGGUUGCAGUCUUUUGAACAAUGGUGGUCCUACACUUGUGUGCUUGUGUAUACUUGUGUUCCACAUUUUGUGCUUGUCUUGGGCAGAGCUGUGACGGCUCAGCUUUUUAUGCUCUGUGGUCUUUCUUCUCUGUGUCUUUAUUUAAUGUUAGUGGAAAAGAGAAAUAUUGCAACAUUUUUGCACACGUCAGAUGGAUUACGCAAAUGCUUCUCUGUUCAUCUGUCUUGUCCCAUCAAUAAAAACAUUGCCCUCUUU